AUGUGGGAUGAGAGGAACGCAUCUCCUCCAGUCGAUCGUGGAAAUGCGGUUGGCCUCAUCAUUUUUGUACAGGGAGUGGGGAUUUUGCUGCCCUGGAACUUCUUCAUCACUGCUACACAGUAUUUUAAUGAUCGUCUGUCAGAAAACUACAGCUCAAACUCCACGUCUUUCCAUGUUCAUAAAUAUAACUAUGACAGCUGGAUGUGUCUGCUCUCUGAGCUCCCUCUACUGCUCUUCUCACUGCUCAACUCCUGCCUCUACCAACAUGUGCGAGAGCGCUACCGUGUGGCCUUCAGUCUGGUCGCGUUCAUUUUCCUGUUCGGACUCACUGCAGCUCUGGUCGAGGUGGAGAUGGACCAGGACGCCUUCUUCAUUGUCACUAUGGCAACCAUCUGGUUCAUCAACAUGUUCGGAGCAGUUCUCCAAGGCAGUCUCUUUGGUUUGGUCGGCCUUUUUCCUUAUCGUUACAGCACAUUCUUCAUGAGCGGACAGGGCCUGGGUGGGAUCUUUGCAAACGUGGCCAUGCUCCUCUCCAUCCUCAGUAACUCAGACAGCAGGUCGGCCGCCCUGGGGUACUUCAUCACUCCGUGUGUGUUCACUCUGGUCACUCUGUUGUGUUACCUGCUCCUGCCUCAUCUGAAUUUUGCUCGUUUUUACAUGAAUCAAAGUUCAGUUUAUGAGCCGGAAACAUCAAACAAACUACUCAAAGAUUCAGAAAUCAAAGUUGUUUCUCAAGUCCCAAAUCACCUGAGAGCCAAAGAGCUGCUGCAGUCCAAUGGAGUGAUGAAGGAAGAGGUUCGACUGACUGCAUUUGAAGUCUUUAAAAAGAUCUGGCCCAUGGCAUUGUACGUCACCUGCAUUUUCGCUGUCACUCUCUCUGUUUUUCCGGCUGUCACCGUCCGAGUUCAGACGGUUUAUGUUGAAAAUCAGACUUGGGCCAAAGUGUUCACCUGCGUCUGCUGUUUCAUCGUGUUCAAUGUCAUGGACAUGGUGGGACGCAGCAUUCCCUACCUCGUCCAGUGGCCUGGUGAAAACAGCCGCUUUUUCCCAGUUCUGGUCGUGGCCCGUGUUGUGUUUGUGCCCCUGUUGAUGAUGUGUAACAUUAAAAACUCCAAACUGUCGGUUCUAUUCAGUCACGAUGCCGCCUUCAGCCUCCUGAUGGCGCUGUUCUCUUUCACCAAUGGAUACCUGGCGACCCUGUGUACAGGAUAUGCUCCAAAGCUUGUUCACAAUAAAGAUGCAAAGACGGCUGGUUCUCUCAUGGGUUUCUUCAUAUUUUUGGGAUUGGCUAUCGGAGCUGCCUUCUCAUUUCUGCUAUGUACAGUGGUAUAA